AUGUUACUUGAGUGUGUUGGUGAGAUUUGUGGGUGGAGAGUCUAUGCUACAAAAAUGGGUGGAUGUCCUAGGUUCGAGAUAAAAACAUUGGAUGCGCAGCAUACAUGUUCACUGGCUGACCGGUGGGCUUUCCGCAACCAUGCAACAGCCUCUGUAAUUGGAGGGAUAAUGAGACAACGCUACGGUGCUGGACAAGGAAGUGGCCCAAAACCGGGGGAAGUUCGAGAGCUGAUGCGAACAGAUCACAGAGUCCCUAUCACUUACUGGAAGGCUUGGAAGUCUAGAGAGUCAGCUAUAGGACAGGGUACUGGAAGCGCAGAGGCUGCUUAUCUCUCAUUGCCAGCCUACUUGGAGCAAGUAUCUCUUGAAAAUCCUGGGUCGUCAGUAGCGUUGGAGACAACUCAUGGACCAGAUGGUGCACAGAGAUUCAAGUAUCUGUUUCUCAGUUUCGCGGCAUGCGUCCAAGGAUUCCCGUACAUGAGGAAAGUGGUUAUAAUAGACGGUACACACCUAAAGGGGAAGUACUCUGGGUGUCUGCUCACCGCUAGUGCUCAAGACGGGAAUUUUCAAAUAUUCCCAAUUGGAUUUGGAAUAGUGGACACCGAGAACGACAAAUCGUGGAGUUGGUUCUUCAGUAAGUUUCAGGACAUUGUCCCAGAUUCAUACGAGCUUGUGUUCGUGUCAGACCGCCAUACUUCAAUCUACUCAGGGAUACGCCGGGUUUAUCCACAGGCUCAACACUGCGCAUGCCUUACGCAUCUCCAGCGCAAUGUCCAAACAAUUUUCAAGAAGAAGCACCUACUGUACCUUAUUGCCAGAGCUGCAAGGGCAUUCCGAGUGGAGGACUUCAACACCCACUUCAACGAGAUCAAGGUGAUUGACGUUGCAUGUGCCGACUACCUCAUAAGGAUUGGGUUCGUGCAUUGGGCUAGAUCUCACUUCGUCGGUGCUAGGUACAAUAUCAUGACUAGCAACUUGGCUGAAUCUUUGAACAAUGCGCUAUCCACUGCAAGGGAGUACCCUAUUGUGGGCCUCAUAGAGUACAUCAGAACAAUGCUAAUGGGUUGGUUCUCCAGCAGACGCGUAUCUGCUAACACUAAUGUUAGCGCGUUAACUCCCAAAGUGGCUGCUAUCUUGACUCGGAACUUCGCUUUAUCAACUGGAUAUCUUGUGCGACACAUAAUCAACGGGGAGUAUGAAGUCCGUGAUGAUGUGGGUGACUUCAAUAGAGUGGAUCUCGAGAGAAGGACUUGUUCAUGCAGAGAAUUCGAGACUAUGGGAAUUCCAUGCACACAUGCUACUGCUGCAUCCGUUAACGGGAAGCAUAAUGUUGAAGGACUGGUUGCUAGGGAGUACACAACAAGUUACUGGAGCUUGGCCUACGCAGGAAGCAUAAACCCUGUGGAUCCUUCAAAGGUCACAAACAUGCAGCCUGGAAUGCAGCUACUACCGCCAAGCACGAAAAGGCCAGCAGGAAGGCCAAGAAAGGCACGCAUACCGUCGGCAGGAGAGAUAAGGAACACUGGUGUUUUCAAGAGGAGCAGGGCAUGUAGCAGGUGCGAGGGGAGUGAUCACAACCGCGCAACCUGCAAGAUGCCUAUCUGAUCUGUUAUCUUUAUGUAUUAGGAGUGGCAGCGGAUGGUAGGAUGGUCUUCUGAAGGUCAGAUCUGGGGCGACCUUCCCUUUCUAUGUAAUAUGUUAAACAUGUUCCCCUAAGCUACUCUCAAGUUGACAAAUAUGUAAGUACGACUUGGGAGUAGAAUAAUGUUGCCCUCUAUCUAAAGACUUGGAACUAGUAUUCGGAUGUGUUAAUGGAAAAAUUUGCAUGGCCGAAA